AUGGACGCCCACGAUAAACAACAAGCUCCGGUCUCCGAGCUCCUUCGAUCGACCCCGGUCCCCAUUGCGCAGCUCUCCCCGUCGCUCGACAAUCUACCCCACAACUCCGUGCGCGGGGUCGUGGCUCUGCUAUGGCCGUAUUCGUCGUCCACGCGGUCGAUCAGCUUGCUUCUGGCGGAGCCCGACUUUCGGCUCCGGCGGUCUGGCGGCCAAGUGAGGGUCGUCUUCCACGGACCCGUCGCGGAAGAGGUCGCCAAGUCGCACGUUGGGAUCGGCGACAAUGUGUAUCUCAGCCUGCACGGAUCCAGGCUAACCGACAAUGACCCGAAAGUUCUCACCCCGGGCAAGAGCGUCGCCUGGGAUGUGCAUUUCGAGACUACGGUUCUGGUCGAGGUAUGGCGCUCCGAUCAACAUCUUUCCACCGUCCAGAUCGAUCCUCCCUCGUCUCCCCUGCCCGCUGCCGACAGUACCACGCCCACACCGACUACCCCGGACCCGAGAGGCAGUGCCUUCCCCCGCGGCCUCGACUCGGCGACCUGGCAAUCGCCCGCUUUCCUGGGACCAUCAAGAACGUCUAGCGGAGGGUAUAUAGCUGGCUCGACUUUGCAUCCGGCCUUUGAUCCCUUCGCGGAGGAUGAUGGAUUCGUUCCGGGGAAGGGGAGGAAACGGACGCGGUUCAGUCUACGCAAUGACUGGCGUCUGGUGGACGAACCAGCCAGUCCCGAGGACUUGGAAAUACCGGGGGACUGGACGGCUAUGUUCGAUGACGAGGCCUGGCUCAAUGAAGCGGCGGCGGAGUUGGAAGAGGCCGCUGAGGAAGCGGGUGGCUCUCCGGAAGUCCCUACGGCACCCGUGCCGCCUCAGAUUGGCGGGGCCGAUCAGCUGCCCUCCGUCCCUACGGUCCAAGAAGAGCCUACAAGUGCAGUUCCAGAUGUAGACCGAACGUCGGAGACGCCCGAGGCUCGUGAGGAUAGUACCCCGGAAAAGGUCCAACCGAAGCCGGACGCGCACUUCCUUCUUCCGAAUCUUUCUCAGCGGCUCGAGUUCUCGCGUCAUAUGCAUAGGACUAUCUCAGACCUUGCUGGCCACCUUCCCACAGACACUCCGCGGUUGAAUCCGAUUCCUUCUCCGGGUCUGCCCAUUCCCUCUCCACUGGUUAGCUCGUCAAACAGCCCGCUGGGAUACUUUGGCUCGGUUGCGAUUACGUCUGAGCCAGCCACGUCUGAUCCGUUCCAGCUCGCUGCACCGAAGUCAGACCCAACCUGGGAAUCUUCGCACGCAGAAAGUGAGGCUGGGUUUGGUGCAGAGAUUAAGUUUAUCGAACAUCAAGCUCAAGGGCCAAUAACAGUGGGUGCCACGGAUACUCCCAGCAAUGAAGCCACCGAGUCAGCCCCUGACUCUGAGCUUCUCAAGGAAGACUCGGGCCUUUCAAUCGUGGAGGAAGCGGUGAGCGUGGAAGAGAAUGUAUCAACACCUGCCCUUGCUGGUGAAGCUCCGUCGCCGGAGAGAGAUGCGGACUUGGAAAUGGUGGAUGCAGACUCAUUGCCAACUGAAUGGACUGUGACGGAAAUGGAACAUGAGACAUUCCAUGGCGAGGCUGACGAUCACAAAGAAAAAUCCCGUCAUAUCCCCCAAGAUGAAGAUGAAUAUUCUGAAGGUGAGACAGACGACCGCAAAGAAGAACCUCGUAAUAUCCUCCAAAAUGAAGAUGAAUAUUCUGAAGCUGAGACAGACGACCGCAAAGAAGAACCUCGUCAUAUGCCCCAAGAUGAAGAAGAAUAUUCUGAAGCUGAGAAUGCGAGUGCAGAGGAAUUGGAGAUCGAGGAGCACGAAGACGAACUUGCUAGCCAAGCCUCCGAGCCUCGAUCAGUGGACUUGGCCGAUGACAAUGAACAAGAUGUGGCGGACGAUGCGAGGCCCACCCGCGAGCCAAGGACAGACGUUGAUAUGGCAUCGGACGACGAAGCAGAAUCAGUUGUGGCGGAUCAUGGUUUCGCAGAGGGGCUCCGAAGCCACCAUGAUUUCGACGAGGAAUCCGAAGAGUUUGGGGAGGACAUGUCCGACGAAGGUGACUUGGAAGACGUUGACGAAGAUGAGGAUGAACUGGACGAAGAGGAUGGAUACGAUGACGAUGACGACGAGGAAGAAUAUGACGACCAUGUUGAGUCGGAAUCAGAUCCAGAGGAUCUCAGGGCCGAGGCUCCCCAGCCGAAAAGGAAAUCCCCGGAGAUCAUUGUUUUAGACAGUGACAGCGAAGAUGAACCUGCGCCUGUACAGCCGAACGCUGGGGCUUAUCCAAGGCCUAGAGAUGCAAGUGCCUCAGAUUCUGACCGAUCCGGACAAUUCGAUGAUGAGGCUUCGGGCUCUGAUGUCGUUGAUGAAGAUGAGGAAGAGAUUUACGAUGAGGAAGACAUGGAAGAUGAGGAAGAUAUGCACGAGGAAGACAUGCACGAGGAAGAAAUGGUAGACGAGGAUGAAGAUACAAACGUCCCCCAUACUUUCGAUGCUGAGGUCGAAGAUGCUGAAGGAGAUGUUGUAUCCGAGGUUGACGAAUGGACGAUCCAAGAUGAACGGCAUGCACAAGAACAAGAGCCAGAAAGAGGUCUAGAAGAACGAGAAAGCGACAACCGUCCAGUGCAUGAGGGCUUUGGGGAUGUACAUUCAGAAGCAGAAGAUACAAGUGACAGGGGAAUGAUAAAGGGAUCACCAGACGAUGAACACGAGCAACCGAGAGGGGAAAGCCCUGUCGAGGAAAGCGUGAAGCGACAACACACCGAGGCCGAAGAGUCUGAGGAUGAGCAGACACAAGCCAAAGAGGUUGAAUCUGUGCAGCUUGAGGAAGCAUACGUUCAGAAGCGCACCGCAGAGGAAGCAGAUCCGGCUGACCAUAUGCAAGAAAUGGCCCACGAACCAGAGUCUGUGCCUGUGUCAGAUCAUGAUAUGGAACCAGUCCACAACCCAGAAAGUCCCGCUGGCAUUCAAGAAAUUCAAACGACGACACUAAUCCACGGUCCUGGCUAUGAAAGUCUGGAGUUCUUCUCGUCGAGAGGGCCUGGUUUUGAACAUGUCGACCACAGCGCUGGCCCUUUCACGCAUUCGACCGAUCUUCCAAUUGACCCUGCACUCCUCGAGUCGGCUACAUCCUCAGCACCGAUACCUUUGAUUGAUUCGCAACACAGUCUUGUCGAUGCAAGGAUCCAACCAGAGGAUAAUGAAACAGCCCUGGCAGAUCAGCAGCAAGUGGAUGCAGGCCUGUCGCUUGAUGGUGCCUCGGAGAGCCUGCCUAUCUCCGCUGAAUUGAGUCGCCAAAGUCCGAGCCUCCAACUCGACCACCAGUUAAUCACUCCGGAACCUUCGCAAUUCAUCGGCAUGGAUAAGCUUCCGUCGGUAGCUACCGCUGCAAACGAAAUACCACCGACUCCCGAGCCCACACAGGCAGAUGCAGACAUGCAGGAUGUCGAAAGCGAGGAGUUCCACUCGGUAGACGAAGGCUCCGAGGCAGAGAGCUACGCCUCUGCACCGUCGCAGAAAGAAACCCACCGGGACGAAGGCGGCCACGGGGGUGAGGAUCCCGACGUCCAUGCCACGCACAGCGAGGACGAGGUGAUGCUGGUCGGGGGCGAUGUCUCUCGCAUCGUCGCCAUGAAUCGCAACUACCCGGGCCUGCGCAGCAAGCUGUCCUACUUCGCGCCGCUGGCCACCCUCGUCGACCAUUUCCGAGGGCUCGUCGAUACGAUCUCCACUGUCGCCGAGGUGCGGCCCGUGAUCCGGGCUACGUCCGGCAAGAAGGACUACAUCCUGACCCUGGGGCUGACCGACCCUUCCUUGGCGGGCACGAUGCUCUUCGCGCAGAUCUUCCGGCCCCACAAGACGGCCCUGCCGUCCGUGACGGAAGGCGACGCGGUCCUCCUGCGCGACUUCCAGGUCAAGAGCUUCAACCACGCCAUGAUGCUCGCCAGCGUGGAGACGAGCGCCUGGGCCGUGUUCACCGCGGCCGACGCCGCCGCCGACGCCGACGCGCAGGUCUCCGGCCCGCCGGUCGAAUACGGCCCUGAGGAGGCGACCCACGCCACGGACCUGCGCCAGUGGUACCAGGAGACCGGGAUGGCGAUGGUCGCCGACCACCAGCUGCAGGCGUCGAUCGAACGCGACAGCCGCGAGGCCACGCCGCACAGCGUGGCCGGGCUGAGCGACACGGGGAGCGUGAACUCGGCGGGUGGCGGCGGCGGCGGCGGCGGCGAGAUGCGUGAAGCCUCGUCGACCUCAAACCGGGGGGCCGGGGGCUCGCGGCGGCGCAAAUCGCACCGUCGCAUCACGAUCCACGAGCUGCGGGAUGGCCGGCGGUACGCCGAGGUGGGCUCGCCGACGAGCCGUGAUAGUAUCCACGAACUCCGCGAUGGUACUGUGUACGCCAAUCUCUGA